GGGAUCCAUGUUAGGCAAAUGAGCAGCCGAGCGGGAGGGGUGCGCGGGGAGGGGGCCCCUCGAGGCCGCCUUCCAAUUGGUCCCAGAGCAGAGAGCGCUGGCCAGAGGCAGCGCACGGGGCUUGAGCGGGUCCGCCCGUGCGCAGGCGCACGCGGCUGCUGGGAGCUGGUGGCGGCGGUGGAAUGUUUUGGGGGUUGUCAAUGAAGAGAGGCGCCGCCGCCGCCGCCGCCGUUGCUGGCCGGUGCCUGGGCAGGUCAGCCUGAGGGACGCUCCUCCACAGCCGGGCAGAGCCUCCCUCGCGGCUCCUAGCCUGACUGGGGCUUGCCAGCCCCGCAGAGCAGCCUGAGGAGGGGACGGGGUUUCGGCUGGUCCCCACAGCCGCCUGCGGUGCCGCGGGAGAGGGAUCCGCAAACGCCCCCCCCCCCACCCCACCAGCAGCCGGGGGCGGGAAGCGGCCUGAGAGGCGGAGGCAGCAGCGGGGGUGAUGAUGAACAGGUUCAGAAAGUGGCUCUACAAGCCCAAGAGGACUGACCCGCAGCUCCUUGCUCAGUUCUACUACGCAGAUGAAGAACUAAAUCAAGUAGCAGCUGAAUUGGACUGUUUGGAUGGAAGAAAAGACCCACAAAGAUGCACAUUGCUAGUCAACCAAUUCCGCUCUUGUCAGGAUAAUGUUUUAAAUAUCGUAAAUCAAAUCAUGGAUGAAUGCAUUCCACAUGAACGGGCCAACCGGGACUUCUGUGUUAAAUUUCCAGAAGAAAUACGCCAUGACAACCUUGCAGGGCAGCUUUGGUUUGGAGCAGAGUGCUUGUCUGCUGGUUCCAUUAUUAUGAAUCGUGAAAUUGAGAGCAUGGCUAUGAGACCAUUGGCCAAGGAUCUGACCCGCAGCCUGGAGGAAGUUAGGAACAUUAUUCGCGACCAGGCCUUAAGGGAUUUGAAUCUUUACACAGAAAAAAUGAAAGAGUCGCUUAAAAAUUUUGAUGUCCUUUUUGCUGAAUUUGAGUUAAGUUAUGUAUCAGCCAUGGUACCUGUAAAGUCUCCAAAAGAGUAUUAUGUACAGCAAGAGGUAAUCGUGCUUUUUUGUGAAACAGUAGAGAGUCAGAUUGUGGUCAAAGAAAAAUGGAGACUAUGGCUGCCUGGUGGAAACAUGGGCUUGGGAGAAGGAAAGGAUGAGAGACAUGGGAAUUCUGAGCAGGGACUUACUCAGAGAGCUUUAAAGCUUGGAUACCUCACUCAGGAUAUGAUUGAUGACUAUGAACCAGCAUUAAUGUUUACCAUCCCAAGAUUAGCCAUUGUAUGUGGGCUUGUAGUUUAUUCUGAAGGACCAUUGAACUUGGACCGCAAGCCAGAAGAUAUGUCUGAGCUUUUCAGACCCUUCCACACUUUGCUAAGGAAAAUAAGGGAUCUGCUUCAGACCUUAACUGAUGAUGAGCUGCAUACACUGGAACGUAACCUAUGCAUAUCCCAGGAUGUGGAUUUUUCUGUCAGAACAGAUCCUGAAGUGCCCACUGUCAGUACAACUGCCUUAGCUGCACCUUUGCCUGCUAAGGAGCUUUCAGCAAAAGCUGAAAACACAGAGGCUGAGCUAGCCUGCUCUAUGCAGUAUGAUGAACAGGAAUUGGAACAGCUGAAUAGGAUGGUCCACAGGGUUGGAGAUGAGAUGUCUUCCCUGCUUUCCCCACCAAGUGUCUCCCAGUCUCCAGCACACAGACCUGGCAUAAGAAAUGGCUCCAGCACAGAGACCUCACCUAACAGGCAACGUUUUGACAACUUAACAGACGAAGAGGAGAGAGUGUUUUUUAUGGAUGAUCUGGAUGGAGCAGGAGAAGCUCUUGCUGGGUUGGAUUCAGACAAUGACACGUUUGCAUGGGUGAAUAACCCUUGCCACAAUUCAAAGCAGAGUGUGCAGUACAGGGACCCUCUACUGUAUGACAAUGGUCAUGAAACAGAAGAGACUUUACUUUUAAAAGAGGCAGAAAACCAUUUAAGCAAUAACAACAAUAUUGAAGAUAGCAAACAGAUGACUUGUAUCUCAAUUCAAAAUUCGUGCAGUUGUUUAGAAGGUCCUGAUUCACAAUUAUACCUCAAUGGCUGGGAUACAUAUGUUGAUGCAGAGACAGCAGAAAUGAUAGCCCAUAGGACAGGUGGAAUGAAGAUAUCUGCUACUGUAAUAUUUAAUCCCAAAUCUCCCUCUACUUCAGAAUCCCUAGUGACAACACCAGAAGUAGCUAUCAGUUGUGUUCCUGGGUCUUCUGAUUCUUUAGUUGAUGAAGAGGAGAGUGAAUCCCAUAAGCUCAGUAUAGCUGCCACAAAUUGUCUAAUUAAUUCCUGUGUGUGUUGUGGCAGCUGUGAAGACAGUAGGGAGGAUAAUAUUGACGGUUUAAAGACCAGACAUUCCCCAGGAAAAGUUAUAAAUGCUUCUCAUAGUUUAGUAAAAUCUAAAGAAAAGGACCAUAUAGAUAAACUCGAUUGUGCAAUCUCUGCAGAGGAGGCAUUAAAAACUGAAACGUCUCCUGCUUUGCUAGCAGAAGGAGAUUCUGGCAGAGAAGAACAGAAACUAUCUAACUCCUCUAAGUGCCUGGCACAUUCCUCAGGUUCACAGCUGGGAGAAGAAAAUGGAUCACAAGUAGAGGUGGAAAUCUCAAAUCAGCAAAAGAAAUGGGAGAAAAGAAGGCAGCCAAGUCAAAAGCAAUCAGAGAACAAUGAAGAAAGUAGUAGUGAAAGAAUAGCAAAGGAUGACAUUAAAUCAAGAUCCAGUGCAAGUUCUCAGGAUGGCUUACGUGAUUCCCCCCUCAGCUCCAUCUCCAGCAGUGACUAUGACAGUGUUUCUGUCACUACAUGUAGUCUCUCCAGCAUAUACGCUCUGAGCAGUUUAAUGACCAGCUCCUGUUCAUCUGAUGACACUGAUCAGGAGGAAAUCCAGCUUGCCUUGCAGGCAGCUAAAAUUGCUACCAGAGAAAAGAUCAGAUCCCGAUUUCAUGGCAGCAAUGACCUUAUUCACCGACUCUUUGUCUGCAUCUCAGGUGUGGCUGACCAGCUGCAGACAAACUAUGCCAGUGAUUUGCGUAGCAUCUUAAAGACCUUAUUUGAAGUGAUGGCAACCAAACCCGAAACGGAGGACAAGGAAAAGCAAAAGAAAGUUAAUCAGGGUUUAAGGAAUGCCACACUGGAAGAUUGUGCUUUAUGCCAGGAAACCAUAUCAUCUUCAGAACUUGCAGCGAAGGCCAGAGAUGGAGACUUUGAAGAUCCUCCUGAAUGGGUACCAGAUGAAGUCUGCAGCUACUGCACUGCAUGCAAAGCGCCUUUCACAGUAAUUCGCAGGAAACACCAUUGCAGGAGCUGUGGCAAGAUCUUCUGCUCUCGCUGUUCCUCUCACUCUGCUCCAUUACCUCGCUAUGGUCAGAUGAAGCCUGUCCGUGUCUGCACUCAUUGUUACAUGUUCCAUGUCACUCCUUUCUACAGUGACAAAGCUGGUAUCUGACAUAAUAAACUAGUGAUGUACCUAUUGGAGUCUUAUAUGGACUGAUAUUACAUUUGAUCUAAGCCAAGUAUUAACUUGAAAGAAGGACCUUGUGUGGGCAUGUAGCCUUUGUCAUCCAUUACUAUAAAUUUUGUACAGGCAGUUUUUAUUGUAUUUUAUUAAGCUGCUAAAGGGAAGCAUGAAGCGUCUGUAGCUGUUAGGCUACAGUACAGUCUUCCAUAAAUUUCUAAUGUUAAUGUUACAAUACCAUAUGCAGAAUAAAGCGCACUGCGUGGAAAGAUAUAGGGCUCAGAGAAUUGAACAAAUGUUGCUGCUUAUUUUACAUAUUAAGAACAGAGUAGGUGGUUGAUUCUAACUUACUCAUCACAGCAAAUCAUUUCCAAAGCUGCGGCACUUCUGCAUUCACUCCUGUUCUGGGAUGCUUCUGAGUGUGAAGGUCAGCUCUUUCCCGUCGAUUGCUAUUUAGCUUUUCCGUUGUUGGAUAUAAGCUACCUAAGCUAACAUUAAUUGAGGCAAAAUAUUUCAAACUUACAUUCAGUAUUCAUGUAGGCAAAAUUCUCUUUGAACCAAAUAGGAAGAACUGAAGUUUACAGAGCAGGACAUUUCUGUUGCCUUUCAUUUAUUCAUCACAGCAACAAUUCAGUGUCUUCUAAAAAUUAAUUCUUACAUAUUUUAAUUUAAUUCUAUAUAAUUUGUGAUGCUUGAAGUUGUUUACACGCAGCAUAGUUCAGACUAAUUCCUGGUAAUAAAAAUAUAACAUGUGAGAGAGACUUUGGUUUGCAAUAUCAAUAAUAAAAUACUAACUAAAAAACAGCUCCAGAGGAGAUAAUCAACAAAUUAAGGAAUUACUGUUAAAAAAAAAACAAACACAUAUUUUUGGAAAAGUUAAGCACUAUAAAUGUCACAUGUUACAGAACUUAUCCCAAGCUGUGUUUUUUAAAUUUUUAAAAUGAUUUUCUAAUGGCGAACAUUAAACAAUACUGUAUAUUUUUAUUCAAAAGGUCUGAAAUAUUGGCCUAACAUCUGAAGUUUCUUAUCGUCCAUAGUUGGCUGAAUAAUUUUGUAAAAUAUUUCAUACUCUUACUUUAGAUCACUCUGCUACCACCCCAGAAGACAUUUACAUUUAUUUUAAGCACCAUGAAUAGAUUUUGGUUCUCCUUGGAUUGGAAAAAAAUUCACAUAGAUUCAUGCAAUGAUCUAGCACAAAGAGAUGUGUGAGUACUGGAUUUUCAAAGAUGUUUGGACAUGCUUUGAGUUAGCCACAUUAAAAGAACAAUGCAGCAUGCUGUGGUUAGAGAGGAAAUUAUAGCAAGAGCUUUUUGUGGUAUCCCUUUUGGUGACUUGCAGUUUCACACAGUGUUUCAAGCCGACAGAGAAGAUAAAAAAGUUGUGUGUGCUGUUUUGCUCAAGAAGGGUCCUCAUUUAAAAUGAUAAAGAAAAACUAGUCAGUGUUUGUUUGUGUGUAUGUGUGUACAUUCCCUUUGCUUUGUGAUUUUUUUAUCCAAUGCAAAUGAGCCGUAUAAGGGUAUACAGCUUGUUGAAAUUGCUGCCAUAUAAAUUAGAUUAAACAGCUUCACUAGUUUAUGUGAAAUGCACAAGCCUUAUGAAGCUAGCUGUGGGUAAAUUCAGCUGUGAUAUGUUCUCACUUUAUUUAUAUAUAUGUUUUUUGCAAAGUCUCUUUCACAUAAUCCUCAGAUUGGAGUGUCACCAUUCACCAGAGUUUAGCUGGCUCAGGGUGGAUAGCUUAGAUGUGAGGUGGGUCUUACAAGCAGUGAUACUUAUUCAGGCUUAAAUCUCAGGCUUCACAUUGCAAUGAUUAUUGCAGUUUUAUUUUUUGAGAAACAACAAAUCUAAUGCUUCUUUUAUAGGAUGAAAAAAAUAAAAUGCAACCAACUUCAAUUGUGAAAUAAAUAUACACAAAAGUUGCUUCUGUGAAAAAAAUCUCAUUUAAUGGACUGAAUAUUAUUUAUUCAAGCUUGUUUUUAUUUUGUAAAUGCUGUAAUUCAGAAUCAUUUCCAUAAAUAUGAUAUUUAACAAUCUCAGACACUAUAGUUUCUUAUGUAAAUACAAACUCCUAUUUCUCUUACUGAAAAGCACAAUGACUAUAUCAAUACUAAAAUGCAUUUGCCUCAAGGAAGACUUUCGUCUUGUAAUCUCUUCAAAUAAUUAAAAUGUCAAGA